CCCAAAUAUUCUUCAUUUGAAACUCCCUCCCCUCCCUUGAAACCCAGAGAUGGAGUUGAAGGUCUCCGACGUGAAUCAAUGGAAGGUAGCUUUAUCAGCGUACGAUAGCAGAAUCCAGUCCCUCAACAAACCAGAUCUCGCAUCUCUAGAUCACUUCUAUACCAAACAACUACCAUCCAUCAUCCACAAACGAAACCCUAACCCCUAUAUCACCACCCCAGAGCUCUCAAACCUCAUGAAAUGGAAGCUCACUCGCGGAAAAUGGAGACCUAGGUUGCUGGAUUUUGUAUCGUCUAUAGACGAAGAGACUGUGAAAGCGGCUUCUGAGAAGGCGUUUAAAGCGUUACCGGAGGUUUCUAAAGCGGUUUCGGAGCUGACGGUGUUGAAAGGCGUUGGUCCGGCAACUGCGUCUGCUGUUUUGGCUGCUUAUGCUCCGGAUGUUGCUCCUUUUAUGUCUGAUGAGGCAAUGGUGGCAGCUCUUGGCAACUCUAAAGACUAUACUUUGAAACAAUACCUCUUGUUUGUUGACAAGCUUCAGGAUAAAGCAAAGGAAUUAAGUGCCGAAGGGGAUGUGUUCACACCCUCAGAUGUAGAAAGAGCUUUAUGGAGUUCUGCCAUUGGAGCCAAAGUUGAAGAAUCAUCAAACACUGAUACUAAAUCCAGCAAAAAGAAGAGGAAGCGGUGAUUAUGAUUAUGGAAAUCUAGCAACUAGUAUUGUAAGGUUAUUGGUAGUUUAACCUUUGAUUUAAUGUACUAGUUAGAUCGAACAUUGUAUAUGUUUUGAUCAUCGGAAGGAUGAUUUCAUGUUCUCGUUUGUAUGAGAAACGAUAUUUUUGUGUGGUUUAUGUUCUGAUUUUU